AUGCAAGACGAGGACGACCUACUUUUGGGUGCCGUUGAAGAAGAGGCGAUGGCCCAACAUCUAGGCUUUACGGACGAUUUUGAUCAUCAUCAGGGUAAUGGUGGUUCAUCGAGUAGCAGCGUUGGAGGAUCUUCUAUUCAUAUUCCAACAGCCGUUAACGGAGCAUUAAUGAACAAUCCAUUAUCAUCGGUAACUCCAACCACCGCAAAUCAUCAUCUGAUGUUAGGUGUUCCGACUACAACGAAUAAUGGACAUCUUCCUCAAGCACCAACAUCUUCAGCCGCCUCUCACUUAAUUCCAUCGGCAGCCUCUGGUGCUGCUUUUCUUCAUCCACUUCUUGGUAUGUCUCUCACACCUCUUGGUAUGCAUCCAUACGUUCCGCUUCAUCCAACCAUUCCGCAGAUGCCUCUUCCAAAUGGGAUUCCACAACCACUUCUGGGGUUGACUUCACCAGCAUCAUCACAACUCCUUUCAUCUCCCUUGGCGUUUGGUCAUCGGGUAUUACCUCCUACUGAGGAACCUACCGAAGAAGAACAAGAGGUUUACGAAGUUUAUGAUGAUGAUAAACAAGAUCCAACCGAAUUUCCAACAUUGGCGCAGGAAGAUGUUACUAAUGAGCAACGACUCGAUGAAAUCCUAUCUGGGGUGCCAAUUUCAGAAGAACAAGAGAGAAUGAAAUAUUACAUGGCUCAUGGAGUUAAAUAUCCUUUUGUGGCACAAUGGAGAAAUCCACUAAUACACUCCAUAAGAGAAAAUGUAAUCGUUAAACAUGUAGUAACCUUUAACCAAUAUUUCGGAGUAGUUGUAAUUGUGGAACCACUUUAUGUCGGAGCAGAUAAGAAAAAGAAAAAAACCACUGUAACCGAUUUGCGUAGAACUGGUUUCUAUGUACAUGCUGCUGACCUCUAUGGUAUGAAGAAAAAGAGUGUGAUUGGAAGAUUAUUGGAUGAUCAUCGAAAAUAUAGACAAAGAUGCAUUCUUGUAAAUGAAACCAAGGCCCUCUACGAGUCACAAGACGUUCAGAUGUUGAAAACUAAGUGUGAAGCUAAAAUCCCAAAAAUUAACGAAAUUACAAAUUUACUAAGCAAUAUGACACAACGACUGAAGAGCAGUGAGGACCCUGAGCUCGUGACUGUCGUGAAUAGAUAUGAAUCUCAUGGAGGAAACCCUCCCCAAAAAAUUAAUAAGAAAAUCGAUGUUGCCAAAGCACUUGAAAUUGAUGACAUUAAUGAGAGAAUUACCAAUUUAUGUCCUCCUGGUACGGGAAGUAUUAACGACUUACCAACGUUGGUGCGAUAUGCAACAACAUGCCUUAAAUUCCCAUUCGAAGCCAAAGUGACGUCGCUUUAUUCUUUCCUUAAUGAUCAACAAGUAGAGUUUACAGUAUUACUGAAUAGUGUAAAUUAUCGAUGCAAACAGGGUAUCAUUUUUAAAGGAUCGAUUUUGUCUGGAAGAUUGGAACCCAUUGAUCAAAGGUUUAAAGUUCAUACCCAAACUGAUGAUGACGAUGAUUCUGGUGCAGAGGAUGGCCCAACUAACAGAAAAAAGAGAAAGAUGUCCUCUCAUACCUCUCUCGAUUCAUUCAAUGGCCAAUCAGUUAAGGUGGAAUGCUCUCGGCUGAGAUUUGAAGAUCCAAAGUCAGUCAAUUUCAAAAUUCUUCUCGAUUAUCAGACAUGGUUCUGUCAAUCCACUCUGUUCGAUGAGAAGAAGGUGGAUGAUCAAUGGAACAAUCUGAGAUUUUAUUUACAAUUUGUGGAGUAA